AUUCUUGAGAGAUUUGAAAUCAGUAGUGUGGGCGCGGGAGCAGGAGAGUGAUAAACGGCUCGUUGAGGAACAGGGAUGUACACCAAACACAGACAGAAAAACACCAGGAUAAACCCAGCACAAUGCAUUCAUUAUCUAACAACAUUUCUACAACUGAUACUAUUGAACAUUUUACUGGAAACUGUGAAAGGGGAUCUCAUCAACCAAGAGGAUUCCAGAGGAGAAGUGGUCAUUCCUUACUGGCUCUCCAGAGGUCGGACAAAACGGGCUGUUGGUGCAGAAAUUCAGAUGCAGCACCCAGCCAGGGGAGAGUUAUCGGUGUGGGCUGAGGGCCGGGAGCUGGUGAUGGAGAUUGAACGCAAUCAUCAGCUGCUGGGCCAGGAUUUCACAGAGACCCAUUAUACUGAGGAUGGGGUACCAGUGACAAUAGCGCCAAAUUACACAGACCAUUGCUUCUACCACGGCCAGGUGAGAGGACACACAGACUCAUGGGUGGCUCUGAGUACCUGCAUUGGAGUCAGAGGCCUCAUUGUUCUAAAUGCUAACAACAGCUACUACCUUGAACCAAUGGGAGAGCGGGAUACGGCAGGUCACAUGAUCUACCGGACAGAGCAUCUGUCGGUGAGGGGGGGGACCUGUGGACAUGAGCACAGCUCUCCACAGUCAGGGAGCAACACGGUGGACAUUGCACAUCUUAUUAACCCUUUGCAUCAUAGGGUAAGAAGGGAUGCCUGGAGCACCACCAAGUACAUGGAGCUUUUCAUUGUUGCUGACAAUACUUUGUAUCAAAAACAAAAUCAAGACUAUGGCAAAACGAGGCAAAGAAUCAUGGAAAUUGCUAACUACGUCGAUAAGUUUUACAGGGCGCUGAACAUCCGUGUGCCCCUCAUCGGGCUGGAAGUCUGGACGAAGGGAGACCAGUGCAAAGUGAGUGACGAUCCCAACACCACCCUCUGGUCCUUCCUGCAGUGGAGACAAAAACUGAAGGCACGCAAGAGACACGACAACGCUCAGCUACUCACGGGUGUCGUGUUCAAGGGUACGACCAUCGGCAUGGCUCCCCUGGAAGGGAUGUGUAGCUACGAGAAUUCAGGAGGCAUCAAUGUGGACCACUCAGAGGCUGCUAUAGGUGCGGCUGCCACGAUGGCCCACGAGAUCGGACACAACUUCGGGAUGAGCCACGACAACGAGGGCUGCUGUGUGGAUGUCACAUCUGAGAAGGGAGGCUGCGUCAUGGCUGCUGCUACUGGGCAUCCCUUCCCCAGUGUGUUCAGCACCUGCAGUAAGAAAGACCUGGCCAGCUACUUCCAGAAGGGAGGGGGGAUGUGUCUCUUCAACAUGCCCAACAUGAAGGACCUAGUGGGGGGCAAGCGCUGCGGGAACGGCUUCGUAGAGGAUGGAGAGGAAUGUGACUGUGGACAGCCUGAGGAAUGCACAAGCUCCUGCUGCCAUGCCAACAACUGCACUCUGAAGGCAGACGCUCAGUGUGCUCACGGGGUCUGCUGUAAAGGCUGCCAGCUGAAGCAGGCUGGUACGAUGUGCAGAGAGCCUGCUGGGUCCUGUGACCUCCCUGAGUACUGCACCGGUGCCUCCCCCUACUGCCCCUCCAACGUCUACCUCUUGGACGGCUCCUCCUGCCUUGAUGGCCGCGCCUACUGCCACAACGGCAUGUGCCCCACCCACGAGCAGCAGUGCAUCCAGCUCUGGGGAUAUGGUGCACGGCCAGCUCCCGAUGCUUGCUUUCAGGACGUGAACGCUGCAGGGAAUGCCUAUGGGAACUGUGGGAAGGACAGCUUGGGAAAUUAUAUGAAGUGUGGCAGAAGUAAUGCUAUAUGCGGCAAGAUUCAGUGUCAGAGCGCCGCGAAGAAACCCAAGGGGACCAACGUUGUUCCCAUAGACACCACCAUCCGCUUCAACGGGCAGGAGGUGAAGUGCCGCGGAACCUUUGUGUAUGCUACGCAGGACGGGGAGGGAGAUCUGCUUGAUCCAGGGCUGGUCAUGACCGGGACCAAGUGUGGAGAAGGAAAGGUAUGCCGAGAUCAAAGGUGCCAGAAUGUGUCGUUCAGUGAACUGGAUGCCUGUGUCUCUAUGUGCCACACCCAUGGGGUUUGUAACAGCAACAAGAACUGCCACUGCAAUGCAGGCUGGGCCCCCCCAUUCUGUGAUAAGCCUGGCCUUGGGGGGAGCAUAGACAGCGGGCCUGUGCAGAAUGACAGUCAGCAGGGUCUCGUGGCUGGGCUGCUCUUUGCCUUCCUGGUGCUCCUGCCUGGCGUUCUGGGAAUGUUCUACUGCUGGAAAAUCAAGACGUCCCCCUUUCAUAAGUGGCGGGCCGGGAGAAACCAGAACACUCAGACGUCAAGAAAUGAGGUGUCUGGUCAGAAGCCAAAAAAUGGCCAUCUGAACCCUGCUUUUCAUCUGAAGACCAUCGGAUUGUCUAACAAACCCAACAACGCAAAGAAGCCGUCCCACCUGAGUCGAGAGGUCCUGCCCUUGAGGCCGGGGCCGAACGGAUCCCAGCCUGUAAACAUUGUGCGGCCCCUGCGCCCGGUACCCACCCCAGACAUCCAGAGGAACCUCAAAGAGUUCAGGCCGGUGAAGCCCCCUGCCACUCUGCAGAAAUCCCCCGGCCUGGCUGAGAAACUGAUACCUCCAAAGAAACCUCUGCCAGUCAACCCUGCGAGGACGCCCUUGCUGGUGUGCGACAGGCAGCCGAGGGGCUCUCCAAGUCCGCCUCAGAGACCCCUGCCCUUGAACCCCUCUGCAGUGCUGGUGAAACGGGGCAGGAACGAGAUGCUGGUGGUGGUGCCACCGGUGAGCAGCAAACUCGUCGAGAAAGCUGCUGUCAUCCCUCCAGCUAAACCACUCAAACCUGUCCCACCUCAAAAGCCUGUACCAGGUGCGACACCAAACAACACGGCCUCGUUCCCCUUUCGGAAAUGAGCUGAGGAGACCAAUGAUGGGACUGCAAUGUUUUUUUUAAUGGUUCAAUUUUUUUUAAGUGAGACUAUUUGCACUAUACAGUACUGUAUGUAGGUGGGGUUAGGAGCGCAUCAGGCUGUCUAGUGGUCAUGUUUACUUCAGGGUGUGUAAGGACCAGUACUGGAGGCUCCGCGCUGGAUCUCCAGAAACCUGGGGGCUGCUGUCACCAACUCCCGCCCCGCGCUACACAAGAUGAUGCAGUUGUGCACUGAGGAGUGCAAACUGAGAAUCGUAGAAAAUAAAUGAUAGGGGCAAACGAUCCAGCAUAUAGGGUACUUAUCACUUGUUUAGAAGAGAAGCAGGACUAAAUAUACCAGAAUGCAUGCGAGUUAAAAAGCCUGAACUGUCCCAAACUGUUCCAGUGACAUGGACCCAUAUGGUAACCCUACCACCAUAUCUGUGUAUUACCAGUAUUGCUUAUUAUUAUUACUGUUAAGAUGCAUUUUGUAAGUAUAAUGUGCCAAAGAUUUUCUUUUGUUUUUGCUUAAAUUGUGAUUGUACAAGGUUUUAUUCUUUCAUAAAAAAAAACACCUUUACCAAAAAGACAUCUCAUGAGACCACAGCCUGUCGCCACAUCAAAUGACUGUCAGACUUAUCCAGCACUUGAAAUAUGAGUUUACUUGUAGUUAGUUUUUAGUAGUAAUUUUAUUUAGUUAAAAUUUGCACAAGUAGGCUUUCAUGGUUGAAUUUAAGGCAUUCUCUCUUUCUACUGCAUUAACAGAUUGGCUGUUUAAUCAGGAAUGGUUUACUUGCUAUCCAUCAGCCACAGAUUCUGCACAGCACUGCUUGCCUAUAUAGCAAUAUAAAGCACUUUCUAUUUGGCUGUCAUUGACUUCACACAGACUCCUGCUGGAAUAUUUCAGUCUUUAGUGUGAUAUGCUGGUAUCUGAACCGUUUUCGUUUAAAAAAUAAAAAAACAUAAUUAUAAUUAUACUGGGGUUCUGUCUCCCAAAACCAUUUCCAUUUUGCUUUCUGAAUUCCAUUACUGAUGCACAAUUAUUUGUCAAUACAAUUCUCAUGGUGAUGAUAAUUUUGCCAAGCUAAUAAUGACCCAGGAUAAAUGGAUAACAGUAUCUACAUUUGUAUUUAAAAUUGUAUAUACAUACACAGUGCACAGGUUGCUGCAUGAGUGGAGUGAAUGUUAUACAAGUCACAGGAGUCUUUUGUAAUGCCUUUGGGGUCAGCAGCUUGAGGCAGAGUGCUCUUGUGAUCCAUCCGGAAUGCUUUUAAAACAGAAAAUCAUACUGGAUAUAUUUAAAAAAUAUGUAUAUAAAACUGAAAUUGUCCCUUAACAAACACAACCUUUCUGUUGAUAUAGUUUAUUAUACAAUGGCAAGAAAAAUUCCUGGCGCUGGUUGGUCAGCCUUGCACUAACCUGUGAUGUUAUCCCAGCAUAAUAUCACAGAUCUAAGGCAACCUCCUCACUGAAAACCUAGACAGACACAUCAAUCCACCACAACUGUCAAUACCACAGAAUAAAUUACACAACUUCUGAAGUGAAUUUUACCUUAAACAACAUGACAGCUGAGUAGUCAAAGUCGUUUAUGACUGGGUUGGUGAGAGUAACACAAUUAUAGACUUGAAAACUGUCAUGAUAGAACCCCUUAAUAGAGUUAAGGGGCUUAAACAGACAUCCGAGGCAUGAUGUAAUUAUUUUCAGUUUCUAGCCUCUUAUUGACCAGUCUAUAGCCAAUCAGAUUUAAAGUUUUCCAGCCAUUGCCAUAUAAUUGCCUUUAAUAGGCAAUUCCCAUAACCAUGCAUUUGACCCUUAUACACCUAAUAUAGCCCCUUAUUCAAAUAGAUUUGUUUUUUAAAUGCUUAAUAUUAUUCCUGUUUGAAAGUUGUUCUAGCUGUCUGCAUUGUUUUUCAACGCUGUCCAGCUGUUCAUUAUCACGUGUCGAUACAAUGGCACAUUGAGCCCCAAGGCUGGAAGCAGUUUAUUCUUCAUCAGCAGGGUGGUGAAUAUUCAAUGAUAAACAGUGCACUGUGCACUUGGGAGGGAUAUUAUUGGUGCUUUUGUGAUUUUUGGUACAGUAUAAUUUUUGUAAUGUUUGGAGCUCUGCCUUCUUGACUGUUCUAUCUAAAAAUGAAUUUACACUGUGCUAACAAAAAAAUAAAUUUGCAAUUCAAAAGGU